AGUCGACUUUUGCUCUUCGCCCAGUGAGAAAUUGCCCGUUUUUCAUCCUCCACUUCCUGUGCUCAAGAGACUCUUCUUCUCACUGUGCGCUUGCAGAAGGAGCCCCCCUUUUUUGUGUGUUAUUUGUCUCUUUCGGGAAAAUUCCACGCGUUUCUCGCCAGAAUACCUCUGUGGCCCCAAAAGUUUCAAUUUACUUCACAAUUUUGGGGUGAUUUAGCCCAUCGGAUUCCGCCCAAAGAUACAGUGAAGUGAGAAAUUGUGCAAAAGGGCCUUUUUUCCACCCAAAAAGUGUGCUAAAUCUUCGGGUGGAGAUUUUCGGGUGGAGCAGAAAGUGUGAAAAUGGGGCGUCGGGUGGAUAUUUUAAGGGGGCUCAAAUGAAAAGCACCCUAAAUUGUUGCACCUUCGAACAGUUUUUUUAUCCGCCCUCGAAACGCCCACCCACUUCGGGAAAAGACAUAAAAAGGCCCACUGAAAAGCUACAUGAACAUUUUGUACCAAGUGUGAACACAAGAGUGGUUUGUGAGAAAGAUAUUACAUCAAGCACUUGACAUUCCAUUGCAAAUGCCUGGGAAAUCUUAAGAGCUUCCCGUGAUGAAAGCUUAAGCUCAUGAAAUGUGCAUCAAAAAUCCACAAAAAAAUAGACACAAGUGAAAUUUUUAGUGAAGAGGAUCAUCCUAGCGAACGAAUAUUGUAAUGUGUGGAAGUUUCUGGACACUGGAGUGUCAGGGGAUCAUGUCGAGUGGGAAUUAUAGUCACAUGCCAGUACCAGUGACGACACACGGCGUCAGCUGAAGAGUCUACCACCCACGCCGACGCAAUCACGCACAACACGCACACACAGUGUCGCACAAUUGGAGCUGUGAGGCGAUGUGGUGUCACCUGUGGCUCCUGGCGGCUCUGCUGGCCGCGGCGGUCAAUUUGUCAGCCGCCCAGCGUCCACUCAGCAAUUCCUCGUCAGCCUCAUUCGCCUCGGGCGUAGCUCUGGGACCUCAGAGUCGGGUGCCCACCACAAAUAUGCCCCAUAUCGCAGACCCAUUCGCGGCCAAUGGCGGCUAUAUGAUGAACUCCUACUACCCAGGCUCCUACACCGGUCGCAGUCGCAAUAAAGAUAAAUUCAAUGAGCUGCGAAAUUUAUCUCUCAUGAACAAUAUACGAGUAGGAGAACCAGGUAUAUCACGAGACCUUCGUCCACCAGCAUACAGCACAUUGUCAAAUUUCCGGGAUCGUCAGGGAGAUGAUCCAGUAAAUCCAGAGAACUCCAAAGAUCCAGUCUCAAAUAUCAAGGAAUUAUUAAAAGGAAGUUUGAAUUCAAAGGCGCAGAAUGAAGCGAGUGAGAUCGAUGAUGUUCUGGGAGUAAAAUGCAGUUUCGAGACUAAAUGCAAUUGGGAGUGGAAUGAGACGAUCGUUGAUGGUUUUCAAGUUGUCACAGGAGCCAAUCUAACUGACACCAAUCGCACUGGGAUUAUGCCAGGACCUCCUGCUGAUGCUCUCAAUGAUGCCAGUGGUCAUUUCCUUCACCUGCGUCUAACACCGGAAACUACUCAGAGGAUCAUGCGGUCACCCGUGUUUAGUACAACUCGUGAGAAUUGCUUCUUGGAAAUGUUCAUCCACCAGAGUUCCAUGACUCUGGGCAGUAUUCGGAUUGUGAUUGAGCCAGUGAAGACUCAGGAGUCUUCCUGGGUAAUCUCCGAAAUUGCUGGCAAUGAUCAACGUCGCUGGGAACUCAAUCGCUUCCGCAUCGAUCGCGUCUCCAAGGAUUUCCGUAUAGUCUUUGAGGUAGUGCCAAAUGGACUAGGAGGGCGAUCGAGAGGACAUGUGUCUAUUGAUAAUCUCCGAAUGGUGAAUUGUUUCGCCGAGAAUCCAAAUGGAGGGAAUUGUAGUCUCAACCAAGUUAAGUGCAACUCCAACAAAGUGUCGGUUUGCAUUGAUUUCCAGGGGAUUUGCGAUAUAUCUGCAGAAUGUGACGAAGGCGAAGAUGAGAAUCUCAAUUGCGAUAAAAUUCCUUUUGGCGGUCGGUGUGACUUUGAAAGUGGAUGGUGUGGCUGGCAGAACUCUGGAAAGGCAAUUCUUGUUUGGAGUCAUCACACAGGACCCACUCCUACAGACAAAACCGGUCCUGAUUCGGAUCAUACGCAUAUUCAUAUGAACGUGACGGGUCACUACAUGUACGUGAAUAUGAACCAGCAUGUCAAUGAUGGGGAAAAGAAGAAGCUGGUUGGAUUUGCCAGCAAUGCUGUAAUGAAUAGUGUCAUCUUCAAUCCACCUCCAUCUGUUCACGCCAAUGCCAGUUCUCCGUACAGAAACACGUGCAUGAUUCGCUUCUACGUUCACCAGUAUGCUCUGAAUCCGGGAAGCAUCAAUUUGUCUGUGGUUGAGAUCAAGGACAAAGAAAAUGUAACUACAACACUGUGGUGGAGCUCAAAGAAUCAGGGUCCAAGAUGGGUUCGCGUUGAAGCCAUAAUGCCCAACAUUACCACAAAAUACUACCUACAGUUUGAAGCUCGGAUGGGCAUGAGAAUCUUCUCGGAUGUUGCCAUCGAUGACUUUAGUUUGAGCCCUGAAUGCUUCGGGCUUAACAUACCACUUGAUCAUUUGCAUGGGUAUAACUACUGGGAUCCAAGAGUUGGGUUGCCCAAACAGCCACACACGGACUUUAUUGACAAAACCGUUUUAGAGUUAGGAACGUGUGGUGUUAAAGGGAUACUAGGACCUAGUUCUUCGGAUUGUCUUGGAUUUUACAAUACCACUGAGACUCUGAAUAGUGUCCGUGUUAUUGACUCUUCUCCCCAUAAAGGAGUUCAGAUCUGGCGUGUUCCCAGCGAAGGGUAUUAUACAAUUGUAGCAAAAGGUGCCGGAGGAGGUCUAGGUUCAGGCGGUGUAGGUUCUUCUCGUGGUGCAAUGGCUGUCACAGUGAUAGAACUCCACAAAGAUGAGGAAAUUUUCGUACUUGUGGGACAAAGUGGAGAACAUGCUUGUAUAAAAUCCAUGGGAUACAGAGAUGAGAGCUGUGAGCCUAUCUCUGAUUCCCGGGACGAUGAACGUUAUACAUCCAAGACACAUAAAGUAAAGAAUAUUGUGAUAGAAGACGGAGCUGGAGGCGGAGGUGGAGGCACGUUUGUAUUCCUAGUAAAUGCAGCCGCUGUGGCCGUUCCUUUGGUUGUGGCUGGAGGUGGUGGUGGCCUGGGAAUAGGACGGUAUCUUGAUGAUGAUCUGCAGCAUGGUAAAGGUGUUGAUGAUGAACUGAAAGAAGUGUCAGGAGAGAUCCAUGGGGAGAUUCAUAAGGCAGCUGGGCCAGGCGGUGGAUGGCGUGCGAAGGAUGACUCGGCGCUUGAUUCCCGCUUUGGCGCCUCAUUGCUUGAAGGUGGUCGUGGUGGUUUACCCUGCUACCCUACUCGUGGGCUACACGGUCAGGGGGGUUUCGGUGGUGGUGGCGGUGGGUGUUUAACAGGUGGCGGAGGUGGAGGAUAUUCUGGUGGGGAUAUUCUCAGCAAUUCAAGCAAUGGUCAGGGUGGAUCGAGUUUUAUUGGGUGGAAACGGAGUGUUCCGGAACUAUCAAGGGUAUAUGUAGGCGCCAAUAGCGGGCCUGGUGCCGUAGUCAUUAUUCCCGCCAUUCAGGGCUGCGGCUGUGAUUAUCGCUGCGUGGCCCUCGAUGAAUAUCGCUCCCUAGUCGCCUGUAUCUGUCCUGAAGGCUGGGGUCUCAAGAGAGACAACCUCACGGCAUGUGAAUUACUCAAAGAACAUGAUAUUCCUCUCCAAUACCUCAUAGUCUUCUUCGUUGUAGUCACCAUGCUGCUCUUAGCAGCUCUUACAGGACUCAUCUUUAUGCUCUAUAAUCGAUAUCAACGCAAGAAGCAGGCCACACUGCGUCACAAGAUGCUGCUGGAACAGGAUCUACAGCUGAGUCGACUUCGAAAUACAGCAGAUGACUCAGCUCUUACGAAUUUCAAUCCAAACUAUGGAUGUGAUGGAAUUCUCAAUGGGAAUAUUGAUGUUAAGACCCUACCGCAGGUGGCUAGAGAAAGCUUGAGACUCAUGAAGGCCCUAGGACAGGGUGCUUUUGGAGAAGUUUACCAAGGCUUCUAUAAGCAUCGCGAUGGAGAUGCCAUUGAAAUGCCAGUUGCUGUAAAGACACUUCCAGAAAUGUCAACUGGUCAGGCUGAGGCAGACUUCCUUAUGGAAGCUGCUAUUAUGGCUAAAUUUAACCAUCCCAAUAUUGUACAUCUGAUUGGCGUAUGCUUUGAUCGGCAUCCGCGUUUCAUUGUACUGGAACUGCUAGCUGGAGGUGAUCUCAAGAAUUUCCUGAGAGAAGGGCGAAAUAAGCCCGAACGACCCUCACCACUAACAAUGAAAGACCUUGUCUUUUGUGCUUUGGAUGUGGCCAAGGGAUGUCGAUACAUGGAGAGCAAACGUUUUAUCCACAGAGACAUUGCAGCCAGGAAUUGUCUGUUGAGCAGUAAAGGACCUGGACGUGUGGUGAAAAUAGCUGACUUUGGCAUGGCUAGGGAUAUAUACAGAUCUGAUUAUUAUAGAAAAGGAGGAAAGGCGAUGCUCCCUAUCAAAUGGAUGCCUCCUGAGGCUUUCCUCGAUGGAAUAUUCACUUCCAAGACAGACGUCUGGUCAUUCGGAGUCCUUCUCUGGGAAGUAUUCAGUCUUGGGCUGAUGCCUUACACUGGUCUGCCCAAUAGAGAUGUAAUGCAGCUGGUAACAGGUGGUGGACGUCUAGAUGCACCUCCAGGGUGUCCAUCACCUAUCUACCGUAUCAUGGCUGACUGCUGGAGUCCAUCACCUGAAGAGAGACCAUCUUUCUCAAAUCUACUAGAGAGAUUGACAGCUUGCACACAAGAACCUGAAGUUAUGAAUGCACCUCUGCCAAAUUUCUUUAGGCCCCCAUCUUCUGAGCGAGAUCAGACAAUUAUGCGGCCACCCAAUGAUGACUUCUGCCUCCAGGUGCCAUCAUCAUCAGACUACUUGAUACCAUUACCUGGACCAAGGGGAGCAGCUGAGAGAUUGCUGUCUGAGGCUACUGGAGUUACUCUGUCUGAGACAGCAGCCACCUACACAUCUCCCUGUACUACAUCUCCGGCUGUCCCAAGACCUCCUCCAACGGACGGUUGCUGGGAGACUUCAUUCUCAUCAGCACCAUCCCAUCCUGCAGCUGAAUGCGCCGUGGGCACUGUUGUGACGCCGCCUGAUGCACCGCCGCCUAAUGGUCCGCCGGUUGAUAAACUCAUAAGUCUGGACACCCCUCAACAGACUCCGACAACGACGUGUCCACCAAUGUCCUUUGGACCGCCUCUGGCUCAUCCAAUCAGCACGGAUGGCGUUACGAAACCACAGGACAUCAUUCCGCCACCCAUCACCCUGGAUCCGGCCACUUUGGCUAUCCAGGGCACGUCCUACGCUAACGUAAGGAUGGCUGAUGGGGUUGCGGGAACCACAGCAGCACCGCCAGCUAAAGAUAAAGCUGGUCCAUUCACAAUUCAGGGCUUCAGUGAGCGUUACAAAGAGAAUCAUUCAGAAAUAAGCUGCUAAAGCUCUUGUACAUAGUGAUAGUCUGAAAAGGUUCAGAUGAAUAUUGAACCAAAAAAAAGGUGGUAAGAUAGAUCUCAAGAUUGUGAGAAACGUUGUGAAUUUAUAGUAUGAAAAAAUCCUAGUCAUAAAACUGUGUAAAAAAAGGACGAGAAAAUUGCGUGAAAUUCGUGUGAUGUUAGAACAAAAAAAAAAAGAAAAUUAGUGUUAAAGAUCAGUUAAAGUAAUAUUUAUUCAAAGUGAAAACUUUCUUUUUCAAUGAUAAACCCCAAUUGACAAGAGGUGAGAUGGAAAAGUAAAUUUAAAUUGCAGUGAAAUUAUAAAUUGAGAAAUAUGUUGUGUCUGUUUAUCAAAUAUAAAUCUUAUAAAUUUGUAUCAUGAAAAAUUAUGGAGAAAAAACUAUUCAAAUUUAGACGAGAAAUUUUCAAGUGAAAAAAAAGUGAAGAGAGAGGUAAAUUGCUAAACAAAAAAAAGAAUUAUGUGGAAAUCUGAUAUAAUCAUAAUUAAUUGAAGUAUUUCGUAACGAAAAACCUAUGUAAAGUAUAAGAUUUGAUAGUGAAACUAUAUAACAAAAUUAUAAAACUCAGAAAAAAAGAAAAACUUUCACACGGAGAUUCAUGGCAGGAAUUUCACUUUACUUUCUCAAAAUAGAUUUAACAGAGUAAAAUACCAAAAUCUUGCUCAAACACAAAAAAAAACACCAACAAUUUCUUAGUAACUAAGUAACUUUUAUCAGAAGAUUAAAAAACUAUAAUUUUUUGUUACACUUCAAUGUUAAAAAGAAUUUCUUUUAUUAUUCUUGUCUGUCUUCAUGCAUGAAUAUUCAAGGAAAGAAAAGAUCGAAUAAUAAUUAAGUUUCAUUUUCAAGAUUGAUUUGCAAAGAAACUAUCUAAAAAACUAUGCUUUCGGGAUUUAGAGAAGAAUGUUUUCAUAAAAAUUCAGUCCUGUUGUGCUGGGUCACAUCGGCAAAAAUAUUCAUUUGAAGGGAUUCUUUGCAAAAGAUGGGAGAUCAUUUGCCUUAAUUCUUUAAAAUAAAUUAUAAAUAAUUAAAUAUUGCUGAAUUUAAGUUUUUGGACGCACAAUGGACAUUUCAAAAAUUUAUCUAAACAUUUCCGCUGAGAAACAUUUUUUUUCUAUAUUUUACAGUAUUUGUUUUAAAAGUUAUCAACAUGUUCAUUAAAAAAGAGCUAUAGUAGUAAAAUCUAUACUCGUUUCGUUUAUUAUAGAAUAACUAAUUUUUAAAAAAUUCAGAUCAUAAAACCUUGAGACCUAGACAUGCUAUUUUAUCAUUUGCUAAUGUUAUAUUCUGGUGCCGGUCACAAUCUAGAAAGCCAAAAUCUUCAAUAGUCGAAACCCCGAAUGGGUCAAAAUCACAAAUGAGUCAAAAUUCUAAAAGCCAAAAUCUCGAAAAGACAAAAUUCCGAAAGGUCAAAAUCCCGAAUGGGCCAAAAUCCUGAAGAGAUAAAAUCUUGAAUAGGUUAAAAUUCUGAAAGCCAAAAUUUCGAAAAGCCAAAACUUUGAAUAGGUCACAAUCUCGAAAAGCCAAAAUCCAGAAUAGUAAAAAUUCCGAAUGAGCCAAAAUUCCUAAGAGCCAUAAUCCCGAAAAAUUAAACUCCCGAAUGGGCCAAAACCUCGAAAAAUCAAAAUCCCAACUGAUCAAAAUCCUGACAGGAUUUUGAUCAAAGGAUGAUGUAUGGAAUGAUUUCCCAAAACACAGAAAAUUUUCCUUUGCCUCCAGCAAAUAGAUGUGCAAUCGUGGCAGUUGAUACCGGCUAUGGUACUUUUAAGAAUUUUCGAUUUUGGCUAUUGGACUUUUGCGGAAUUUUGGCUUUUCGGGAUUUUGAGCCAUUCGGGUUUUUGGUUUUCGAGAUUUCAAUCGGAAUUCUUCUAUUCAUAUUGCGAUUAAAACACAUUGAACAUUAAUAUACACAUACCAAUCAGAGGCUAAAACUUUGAAAAAGUAAAUGUACGUUUAAAAUGAAUCGAUAAGUCGAGCCCAGUAUACAACCUUUCAAAUUGAUUCAGAUUCAUAAGCCCAUCAGUUAAAAAGUAUACGUUUCUUAUAGAUUGAAUAAAAGAAAAAUAAGGUGGAUACCAUGUUUGGUUAGUCUAACCGGUAUAAUCUUAAAUCCUUACUACGUUCUGCAACAAAAUAAUAUUAAUAAUACAAGUUGUAAUGUUUUUUACAACACAUUGACUCAUUCAUUCAUUUUAUCUACCGCUUAUACCUAUCGGGGUCGCGAGCCUAGGGCAGCCAAGCCAGGUUACCAGUCCUCACGUUUGUCGAUCUUCCGCCACUUUCUCAGUCGAUCCCAAGUCUCUCCAAAGCAAAAGUGUUAUUUUAAUUCAGCCACUUUAUCCUAAGUCUGCGCCUAGACUUGCAAAACUUUUCUUGGGAAUCUUUCAUUUUUACAACUUCAGCGAUAAAAUUCACGAGUAAAACCAGACAAAAAAAAUUAAUUUAAAGGGAAUUGUAGCAGAAUUAUCCAGAAUCCAAAGUCACGGGCAUAACCAACUACAUUAAGUUUUUGACGGGUUACUGGUUAAUAUAUUUUAUAAAAGUGUGUAGGAUUAAUACAAGUUGGAGUGUUGUACAAAAUAAUUAGUUUUGGCCAUGAUUAAAUUUCUGAUUUCCCAGGCAAUAAACAAACGAAAUAGACAGUAACUAGUUCUGACUAGUUACGUUCGGGAAUUUGGACUUAAAGAAAUAGACAAUAGGAUAUUAUAGUUUCCCUUAAAAUGAAUAUUAAGUAAACCAUAUAUUUGUUCAAAAUAAACAACUCCUUUAUUAUUCAUUAAAAUGUAUAUCAGUCCGCUUCAAAAAUUUUUCAUAAAUUAUUCGCCGAGAAAAAAAAAAUACAUUUGUAGGCUAAUUCAGACCAGUCUCCUCUAUAACUAGAAAUUCAGUCAUGAACCGUACAACAACUCCAUUUAUUCUUCAUCCAAGAUAUUUUCACUUUUUUAACAGACAGGAAAAGUUGAGAUUGUCUUUUUAAAAAACAGUGAUCAUAAUGGUCUUUCUUAUUUAUUUUCUUGGUAUCUCUAUAUUUAUUUUUAACAGAAUAUCAUGUGAAUUUAUAGAACAAAGAAAAUCAUUUAAAUUAACGUAUCAAAUUAGCUUUGAUGGUGUGUGUGCCUCAGCUUAAAUGGCAAUUUGGGUCUACAGCUUUUUAAAAUUUUCUACAAUUUUUAUUUUAGAAUAUUUCUUAAAUUAAAAUUGAUUUUUUUCUCAUCUCCUUUUAUGCCUGCUCUUGUGCGUCUAUCGUCGUCUUAUUUUAAAUUCAGAACAAAUCGGGGAAAAGGUCCAUUUUUAAGCUGGUAAAUUUUGUAAAUUCGUUUUCAUUUCCUUUAAAAAACACACUUUUCAACUAUAAAAUUUUUACUAUGAAUUUUAGGAAAUUAAUGUUCAAUGAGUUUUAACCUGAGCAGAAUAAUUAUAAGCACUUUAACUAUUAUAGAAAAGAACCAUUAUUUCUGUAUACAGGAUAAAAAAUCGUAAAAUAGUUCGAAAAUGUUUGUGAAUUUCGAGUAGAAACUUACUAAAUGCUCGUAAAUCAUAAAACUAUUAAAAAGUUCGUAAAAGCUGUCAUUUUUACACAAACUUUGUUCGUUCACUUGACGAGCAUUUCUUGUUACUUACAAACAUUUGCGCGUAAAUGUCUAUAAAAGCACAGAAUAACGUUCGUAAUAGUUUGUCAUUUGUUCGCAAAAUUUUGCUGGACAAACAAAAAUAUACGAACAAAUAUUUGCAAAAUAACAAAAAAUGUUCGUCAAGAGUUUGUGUUACGAUCAAUGCUUGUGCAAAAGUACAAACUUUUGCGAACUUUUUUGUGGGUUAUACGAUUGCCGAACAUUUCGUAAAUUCCCAGUGAGAAUUGACAAACAUUUACGAACAAUUUUCGAAAUAUUUUUUUUCUAUCUAUUGUUUUAUUCCUGUGUAUUCCAUUAAGUUACAGCCUUUUUAUUGCAAAAAAUGCCCUGAAUUUACUAAUUGAUCUGUGUUAAACUUUAAUUCAAUUUUGAGUUUCUCCCUAAAAAUCUCCCUAAUUCUUUUGAAAAAAUCAAUUCAAAAUUAAUAAUAAUGUGAAAGAAGAAUAACUAAAAGUUAUGAUAAAUUGAAAAAAAAAUGUACAUCACUUGCAAUAACAAGACAAAAAAAGAAUAAUUUUUUGAGAGAGAUAUAAAGUCGUCUCAUUUAGCAACGAAAUUAUUAGUAAAGAGAAAUGAAAGAGAUAGUUGAUAGAAAUAAAUAUUUGAGUCCAUAUUUUUGAGAAAACAAAUAAAA